AUGGCGUCCGGACUUGGCUACAGGGGCACAAACCGCUGCUUCCCCUUCUGGGAGGACUUCCAGCAGUGCUAUUUCAGCAGCAAGGAGAAGGGCCACGCCGACUGCGUGCCCGCUCGUGACGACUAUCUGGAGUGCCUGCACCACUUCAAGGAGAUCGCCCGCGUCCGUGCCAUCAAGUCUGUGGAGUAUCAGAACUACCUGAACAGCAAGCAGAACGGCACUGAUCACAAGAUUGUAAACCUGUCAUCGCCCGACUCUGCCUAG